CUUUCUCAAUCUCUAAGAGGGAGAGAAGAGAAAGGGAAAGAUCAAGGGGGUGGCAUUUUAUUGACAGGGCAACUUGCAGGCAUUCCCCCUUGUUCAGAGCAGAACCAGAGCAAACAGGGAAGCGCAUUGAGGAGAGAAGCACAGCCUGACUUGUCCUGUCUGGUUUGGAAGUUCUUAAAGUAAAUAGCCUCCCAUUUCUCCGGGUCCUCCUCCCAUCCAAAAAGCAUAAAAUGAGCAGCGCCCACCCGAGGCUCGCCCAGAGCGGAACAACAGCUACAGCAGCAGUUCCCGGCGUGGAUUCUGCAGAUAUGCCGGCCACCGAGAAAGAUUUGGCAGAGGAUGCUCCGUGGAAAAAGAUCCAGCAGAACACGUUCACCCGUUGGAGCAAUGAGCACCUCAAGUGCGUCAACAAACGCAUCGCGAACUUGCAAGUGGACCUGAGCGACGGCCUGAGGCUCAUAGCGUUACUGGAGGUGCUGAGCCAGAAGAAGAUGUACCGCAAGUACAACCACCGCCCCACUUUCCGUCAGAUGCAACUGGAAAACGUGUCUGUGGCUCUGGAGUUCUUGGACCGGGAAAACAUCAAACUGGUGUCUAUAGACAGCAAAGCCAUUGUAGAUGGAAACCUCAAACUCAUUCUGGGGCUCAUAUGGACUCUUAUUCUGCAUUAUUCCAUUUCUAUGCCCAUGUGGGAUGAAGAGGAGGAUGAAGAGGUUAAAAAGCAGACACCAAAGCAAAGGCUGCUGGGAUGGAUCCAGAACAAACUGCCUCAGCUGCCUGUUACAAACUUCAGCAGGGACUGGCAAAGCGGCAAAGCUCUGGGUGCCUUGGUAGACAGCUGUGCUCCUGGUCUCUGCCCAGACUGGGACUCAUGGGACUCCAGCAAACCUGUGGACAAUGCACGUGAAGCCAUGCAGCAAGCUGAUGACUGGCUGGGAAUACCUCAGGUGAUAACCCCUGAAGAAAUUGUGGAUCCAAAUGUAGAUGAGCAUUCCGUUAUGACUUAUCUAUCCCAGUUCCCAAAAGCAAAAUUGAAGCCCGGAGCACCCUUAAGGCCCAAACUGAACCCCAAGAAAGCAAGAGCUUAUGGACCAGGUAUUGAACCAACUGGUAAUAUGGUAAAGAAACGUGCAGAGUUUACUGUAGAGACAAUAAGUGCUGGAAUGGGUGAAGUUUUGGUGUAUGUGGAGGAUCCUGCUGGACACAGAGAAGAGGCCAAAGUUACUGCAAACAAUGAUAAGAAUAGAACCUUCUCAGUCUACUACAUCCCUAAAGUGACUGGAAUGCACAAGGUGACUGUGCUGUUUGCUGGUCAGCACAUCUUAAAAAGCCCUUUUGAGGUGAAUGUGGACAAAUCCCAAGGUGACUCCAGCAAAGUAACUGCUCAGGGUCCUGGCCUGGAGCCCUCUGGCAACAUUGCAAACAAGACCACCUACUUUGAGAUCUUCACCGCAGGUGCUGGUGUUGGAGAAGUGGAAGUAACGAUUCUAGAUCCUAACGGGAAAAAGGAUACGGAGGUUCAGCUAGAAGAUAAAGGCAGCAGCACUUACCGCUGUACCUACAAACCCACCUUGGAAGGAGUAUAUACAAUCUACAUAACCUUUGCUGGGAUACCGAUACCAAAGAGCCCCUACUCAGUAACCAUUGGUCAAGCCUGUAAUCCCACUGCAUGUCGUGCCGUGGGUCGGGGCUUGCAGCCAAAGGGUGUUCGUGUAAAGGAGACUGCAGACUUUAAGGUCUAUACCAAAGGGGCAGGAAGUGGAGAACUGAAAGUUGUGAUCAAAGGACCAAAGGGUACAGAAGAACGUGUUAAGCAAAAAGACUUGGGCGAUGGAGUCUAUGGAUUUGAGUACUACCCAAGUGCCCCUGGAACUUACACUGUUACAAUCACAUGGGGAGGACAGAACAUCCCCAGAAGUCCAUUUGAGGUAAAGGUUGGUACAGAAUGUGGCCCCCAGAAAGUACGAGCAUGGGGCCCUGGGCUGGAAGGAGGCGUUGUUGGAAAGUCUGCAGAUUUCGUGGUAGAAGCCAUUGGAGAUGAUGUAGGAACCCUAGGGUUUUCUGUAGAGGGUCCAUCUCAGGCAAAGAUAGAAUGUGACGAUAAAGGAGAUGGAUCAUGUGAUGUGCGUUACUGGCCCCUGGAAGCUGGCGAAUAUGCUGUACAUGUGCUCUGCAACAAUGAGGACAUCAAACUGAGCCCUUUCAUGGCAGAAAUCAAACCAGCCCCAAAAGACUUCUACCCAGAAAAGGUUAAAGCCUUUGGCCCUGGACUGGAAAAGAAUGGAUUAGCCAUUAAAAAGCCGGCAGAGUUUACAGUUGAUGCAAAACAAGGAGGAAAGGCGCCCCUCAACGUAUCUGUGCAGGACGGUGAGGGAAAUCCAGUAGAAGUAACCACAAAGGAUAAUGGGAAUGGAACCUAUAGCUGCAGUUAUGUGCCAAAGAAACCCCUGAAACAUACAGCAUUGGUGUCUUGGGGAGGAGUCAACAUCCCAAAUAGUCCAUUUAGGAUGAAUGUUGGUGCCGGCAGCCACCCCAACAAAGUGAAAGUUUAUGGUCCUGGUGUAGCAAAGACUGGAUUGAAAUCUCAUGAGCCCACUUAUUUUACUGUGGAUUGUGCAGAGGCUGGACAAGGUGAUGUGAGCAUUGGCAUCAAAUGUGCCCCUGGUGUUGUGGGUCCGGCUGAAGCUGAUAUUGAUUUUGAUAUCAUUCGCAAUGACAAUGACACAUUCACUGUGAAAUACACCCCCCCAGGAGCUGGGAGCUACACCAUUAUGGUCUUGUUUGCUAACCAGGCCACUCCAAUGAGUCCCAUUCAUAUUAAGGUGGAUCCGUCACAUGAUGCUAGUAAAGUUAAAGCAGAUGGACCAGGGCUCAAUAGAAGUGGUGUUGAAAUUGGCAAGCCCACACAUUUUACAGUCAACACAAAGGCAGCUGGCAAAGCGAAACUGGAUGUUCAGUUUACUGGUCCGACCAAAGGAGAGGCUGUGCGUGAUUUAGAUAUCAUAGAUAACCAUGACAACUCCUAUACCGUCAAGUACACACCAGUACAGCAGGGUAACUUGGGUGUAAAUGUGACCUAUGGCGGUGACCAUAUUCCAAAGAGUCCUUUCCCAGUGAGCAUUGCACAAACUUUGGAUCUCAGUAAGAUCAAGGUUUCUGGACUUGGAGAUAAGGUGGAGGUUGGCAAAGAUCAAGAAUUUACAGUGAAAUCCAAAGGUGCUGGAGGCCAGGGCAAAGUUGCUGCCAAAAUCACUGGCCCGUCUAACAAGCUAGUUCCCACCAAAGUGGAACAAGGAUUGAGCCCAGAUAACAGCACUGUUAAAUUUAUCCCCCGGGAUGAAGGCCCAUAUGAGGUGGAAGUGACCUAUGAUGGGGUCCCAGUUCCAGGAAGUCCAUUUCCUGUGGAAGGUGUUCCCCCAACCAACCCCUCAAAGGUUAAAGCUUAUGGUCCUGGUCUUAAAGGUGGUAACGUUGGUGCUCUAGCUCCCUUCUCCAUCGACACCAAAGGAGCAGGACUUGGAGGUCUUGGUUUGACUGUUGAAGGUCCUUGUGAAGCCAAGAUAGAAUGUCUGGACAAUGGCGAUGGCACCUGUUCUGUCAACUACUUACCCACAGAACCUGGAGAUUACAAUAUUAAUAUUCUUUUUGCUGACACUCACAUUCCUGGCUCUCCUUUCAAAUCAAAAAUUGAGUCAGGCUUUGAUCCUUCAAAAGUUACCUGCUCUGGUCCAGGACUAGAACAUGCCCAAGUUGGUGAAGCUGGCAAGUUUGACGUGGACUGCUCCAAUGCCGGCACUGCUGAACUGACAAUUGAAAUUAUAUCCGACAAUGGCAUGCAGGCCGAGGUACAUAUUCAGGAUAACGGAAAUGGAACGUAUACGAUCACUUAUAUCCCGUUGUAUCCAGGAGUUUACACCAUUACAAUAAAGUAUGGAGGGGAGAUGAUACCCAACUUCCCCAGCAAAUUACAAGUCAAACCAGCCAUUGAUACCACUGGAGUAAAAGUGUAUGGACCUGGAGUGGAGGGUAAAGGAGUUUUCAGAGAAGCUACUACAGAAUUCAAUGUGGAUGCAAGGGCAGUCUCUAAAGCAGGAGGACCAUACAUAAAGACUAGGGUUUCAAAUCCAUCUGGCAAUUUGACUGAUGCCUAUGUGCAGGACAAUGGAGAUGGCACCUAUAAAGUGGAAUAUACUCCUUAUGAGGAAGGGAUCCAUACUGUUGAUGUUUCUUAUGAUGGAAGCCCCACACCAAACAGUCCAUUCAGGGUUCCAGUGACAGAAGGCUGUGACCCAACCAGAGUCAGAGUACAUGGUCCUGGGAUCCAAAGCGGAACCACAAACAAACCCAACAAAUUUACAGUGGAGACAAGAGGAUCUGGCUCUGGUGGUUUGGGUUUGGCUGUUGAGGGUCCAUCAGAAGCAAAGAUCUCUUGCACGGAUAACAAAGAUGGCAGCUGUUCUGUGGAAUAUAUCCCAUAUGAGCCUGGCACAUACAAUGUAAACAUCACAUAUGGUGGACAGCAGGUUCCAGGCAGCCCAUUCAAAGUUCCAGUUAGCGAUGUUGUUGACAGCACAAAGGUGAAAUGUUCCGGUACAGGACUUAGUCCUGGUCUGGUUAGAGCAAAUGUCCCGCAGACCUUCAGUGUAGACACGAGCAAGGCUGGAGUAGCACCCUUGCAAGUCAAAGUUCAAGGACCAAAGGGUGUUGUAGAACCAGUUGAAAUUGUGGAUAAUGGGGAUGGAGUCCAAACUGUAAACUAUGUACCAAGCAGAGAAGGACCAUACAACAUUUCAGUGCUUUAUGGUGAUGAAGAGGUUCCUCGCAGUCCAUUCAAAGUAAAAGUUUUGCCCACUCAUGAUGCAAGCAAGGUGAAGGCUAGUGGGCCAGGAUUAAAUACUACUGGAGUACCUGCUAGUCUACCUGUGGAAUUUACAAUUGAUGCAAAGGAUGCUGGGGAAGGCCUUCUUGCUGUUCAGAUAACUGAUCCAGAAGGCAAACCCAAGAAAGCUACCAUUCGUGACAACCAAGAUGGUACCUACACUGUAUCUUAUGUACCCGACAUGACUGGCCGGUACACAAUUUUGAUCAAAUAUGGAGGCGAUGAGAUCCCGUAUUCUCCUUACCGCAUUCGUGCUGUACCCACAGGCGAUGCUAGCAAGUGCACUGUAACAGUGUCAAUCGGAGGUCACGGGCUAGGUGAUGGCGUCGGUCCCACUAUUCAGAUUGGGGAAGAGACUGUAAUUACAGUUGAUGCAAAGGCUGCUGGGAAGGGUAAAGUGACCUGUACAGUGUGCACGCCAGAUGGUACCGAGGUGGACGUAGAUGUUGUUGAGAAUGAAGAUGGUACCUUUGACAUCUUCUACACUGCUCCCCAACCUGGCAAAUAUGUAAUAUGUGUGCGUUUUGGUGGGGAGCAUAUUCCAAACAGCCCAUUCCAGGUCAUGGCUUUGGACGGCGAACAAAUGAUACCGCAGCAGAUGGUUCCGCAGCAAUUAGCCCCACCUUACGCAUACCCGGGCAUUCAACAACCCUGGGCCACUGACCGUCCACUGAUGGGUGUGAACGGACUGGAUGUUGCAGGACUAAGACCUUUUGACCUAGUCAUUCCAUUUACAAUAAAAAAAGGAGAGAUCACAGGGGAGGUUCGUAUGCCAUCUGGUAAAGUAGCCCGGCCUGACAUUACUGAUAACAAAGAUGGAACCGUAACCGUGAGAUACGCACCUACAGAAGCAGGUCUGCACGAGAUGGACAUUAAGUAUGACAGUAUGCAUAUCCCAGGGAGCCCUCUGCAGUUCUAUGUUGAUUACGUGAAUAGCGGACACGUUACUGCUUAUGGUCCAGGACUGAUACACGGUACUGUGCAUAAACCAGCAGUCUUCACUGUGAACACUAAGGAUGCUGGGGAAGGUGGAUUGUCACUGGCAAUCGAAGGUCCUUCUAAGGCAGAGAUCAGCUGUACUGAUAACCAGGAUGGGACUUGUACAGUAUCGUACCUUCCUGUGCUUCCUGGAGACUAUAGCAUCCUUGUGAAAUACAAUAACAAACACAUUCCUGGCAGUCCAUUUGUUGCAAAGAUCACAGGAGAUGAGACGAUGCGAAUGUCACACUUGAAGGUCGGAUCUGCCGCAGAUAUCCCCCUGAACAUUACUGAAACUGACUUGAGUCAGUUAACUGCAACCAUUGCAUCACCUUCUGGCAGGGAAGAACCAUGCCUCCUUAAGAGACUGCGAAAUGGACACAUUGGAAUCUCAUUUGUUCCCAAGGAGACCGGCGAGCAUAUAGUUAGCAUUAAGAAAAAUGGUCUGCACAUCCCAAAUAGUCCUAUUACUGUGAUGAUUAGCCAAUCAGAAAUUGGGGAUGCCAGCAGGGUGGUAGUAUCUGGCCAAGGCCUCACCGAAGGCAGAACCUUUGAGCCCUCUGAAUUCAUCAUUGAUACAAGAGAAGCAGGCUAUGGCGGUCUUAGUCUAUCUAUUGAGGGACCCAGCAAAGUAGACAUCAAUACAGAGGACUUGGAAGAUGGAACCUGUAAAGUCACCUACUGCCCAACAGAGCCUGGAAACUAUAUCAUUAAUAUAAAGUUUGCUGACCAGCAUGUGCCAGGAAGUCCAUUCUCUGUCAAAGUUACAGGGGAAGGGCGUAUGAAAGAGAGUAUUACACGGAGACGCACUACACCUUCUGUGGCAAACAUUGGUAGUCAGUGUGACCUGAGCCUGAAAAUUCCUGAAAUAAAUGUUCAUGACAUGACUGCUCAAGUCACCAGCCCGUCUGGAAACAUUCACGAUGCUGAAAUCAUGGAAGGCGAGAACAAUACAUACUGUAUACGUUUUGUUCCCACUGAAAUGGGCGUACACACGGUCAGUGUCAAGUACAAGGGUCAACAUGUUCCUGGGAGCCCCUUCCAGUUUACAGUCGGUCCCCUGGGUGAGGGAGGAGCUCACAAAGUGCGGGCUGGUGGUCCUGGUCUGGAGAGGGCAGAAGUUGGAACACCAGCUGAAUUCAGUAUCUGGACAAGAGAGGCUGGGGCUGGAGGUCUUUCUAUAGCUGUAGAGGGCCCCAGCAAAGCAGAAAUAGCUUUUGAAGAUCGUAAAGAUGGGUCAUGUGGUGUGUCCUACCUCGUACAGGAACCUGGUGACUAUGAAGUCUCGGUCAAAUUCAAUGACGAACAUAUUCCUGAUAGCCCGUUUGUGGUUCCAGUGGGUUCCCCAUCGGAUGAUGCCCGCAGGCUUACUGUUUCUAGUCUUCAGGAGUCAGGGUUAAAGGUCAACCAGCCAGCCUCUUUUGCAGUAAGUCUUAAUGGUGCCAAAGGACUUCUAGACGCCAAAGUACACAGUCCGUCAGGCGCUCUAGAGGAGUGUUAUGUAACAGAAAUUGAUGAAGAUAAAUAUGCUGUUCGUUUCAUUCCCCGUGAGAAUGGUCUUUACCUCAUUGAUGUCAAAUUCAACGGCUCUCACAUUCCUGGCAGUCCUUUUAAAAUUCGUGUCGGGGAGCCAGGGCAAGCUGGUGACCCUGGGAUGGUAUCAGCGUAUGGCGAUGGGUUACAAGGUGGAACUACUGGCACUGCCGCAGAAUUUAUUGUAAAUACCACAAAUGCUGGACCUGGAGCCCUUACGGUUACAAUUGAUGGUCCAUCAAAGGUUAAAAUGGAUUGUCAGGAAUGCUCAGAGGGUUACAAGGUCACUUACACACCAAUGGCCCCAGGGAGCUAUUUAAUAUCUAUCAAAUAUGGAGGCCCCUAUCAUAUUGUGGGAAGUCCAUUUAAAGCAAAGGUUACCGGUCCUCGUCUGGUGACCAGCCACAGCUUACAUGAGUCAUCUUCUGUCUUUGUUGGUUCUGCUGUAAAACAAGAGGCAUUGAUACAACAGGCAGCAUCUCCUAGAGUGUCGUCCGAUGCUAGUAAAGUGGUGGCCAAAGGGCUUGGGCUCAAUAAAGGCUUUGUAGGGCAGAAAAACUCAUUCACUGUGGAUUGCAGCAAAGCUGGUAACAAUAUGCUGCUUGUUGGAGUCCAUGGACCAAAGACACCAUGUGAAGAGAUUGUUGUGAAACACCUUGGGAAUCGUCUAUACAAUGUUACUUACCUCUUGAAAGACAAGGGAGAAUACAUUCUGGUGGUUAAGUGGGGAGAUGAGCACAUUCCUGGCAGCCCCUACCACGUUUCUGUGCCUUAGACAUUCACUACUUUGUGUCCUUAACCUCCAUCUGUUUUUUUGUCUUUGUACAGUUGUCCUUCCAGCUUCUUGUGAUUGAGGUCCGCUUACCAUUUGGUGACAUAGCUGAUCACAUUUAUUCAAUGUAAUGUUGAAUCCUUUGACAUUAAAGGAGACCAUUUUGAAUGGGUACAGACCCUGGUGGGAUUGUCUGCAGCACUGCUCUGAAUUAGGCACUUUUUUUUUUAUUCCGAAUUAGUUUUGGAGACAGUUGUUUAAUGUCAAGCGGGUCCAGAUCUACCCCUUACUCUAUGUGGAACAUGACUUUAUAUACUAAUUCUUUAGUCAUGCCCCACAAAUUUGUUUACAUUAGUUUACAAACCUUACUACAAAUUUUGUAUAGAAUUAGACAUAUGCUCAGUUGUAAGGGGAGGCAAAAGGGAGGCUUGUAAAGCCAAACAAAUUGUAAGGACUAUUAGUAUUUUUUUAAUAGAUAUUUACCCUUGGUCUAUUUUUAUAUUUUGGUAACAAGAGUGACUCUGUGGUCUUCAGAAUUUGAUCUUGCAAUGCCAUACUUUUUUCAUCUGAGCAUAAUGCGGACAAGUAACGGAGAUUUCACACUCAACAUUUCAAAACGCUCUUGUUGGCUCGUUAAAAGGAACAUUUUCUUGGUAUAUAAAAGCAAAGAGGUAGACUAAUUUACUCUGAGAAGUUGGGCUACUCCCUCUUCCUUCUCCCCAGUAAAAAAGUAUGUUUUUAAUGUUGUUUUGUCUUGAGGUAUGGUUUUUCUGAAGUACUUUGGGAUGUUUGGUUUUAUCAACCAAAGGCUAUGACCACCAUUCUGCUUCCAGUUAACCAAACCUAGUCUUAAUUUUUCUAAAGAUGUAUUUUGUGCACAACUACAGUAUCUGGCUCUUAAUGAUAACAAAAUAAAAUAAUGCUUUUACUUCUA